AUGUCCGCCAGCGCAGACGGCCGCAGCGUGCACGUCGCCGGCGUCGCCGCCGCGUCGAGCGCCGCCAGCCUGUCCGACUACUUUGCCUUUGUCGGCGAGGUCGACGCCGUCGAGCUGCACGACGCCGCGCAGCCGCGCGCCGCGACCGUCACCUUCAAGCGGCCCAGCGCCGCCAGCAGUGCCGUCAUGCUCAGCGGCGGCGUCGUCGACGGCGCCGCGCUCACCAUCACGCUGCCCGGCGCGGCCGCCGCCAGCGAGCGCGCCGCCGCCGCGCCCGAGCCGGCGGCCGCGGCCGGCGCACCCGUGGCGCAGGAGGACAAGCCGGCGGCGGCGCGCGUCGCCGAGCUGCUCGCCGCCGGCUACGCCCUCUCCGACGACGUCGCCGCGCGCGCCCUCGCGCUCGACCAGCAGCACGGCCUCAGCGCCAAGUUCAAGGCCUACCUCGCCUCGCUCGACCACUCGCUCGGCGCGCAGAUCACGCGCCACGCGCCGCCGCCGCCGCCGCCGCAGCCGGCGGCCAUGACGCAGCAGACGGAGCACACGCCGCAGGGCGCCGCCGCGACGCUCUCGGCGUCGGAGAAGAAGGCCAGCGCCGCGCCCGUGCCCGGCGACUCGCCCGCCGAGGUCGGGCCCAGGACGACAACGACGGUGCCCGGCGCCGCCGCGGCGCCCCAGACGGCGUCCGAGCACGCGCAGCAGGCCGUCGAGGGCCUCAGCAAGACGGUGCAGGCCAAGGCCGGCGAGAUUCUCACGCCGAUGCAGGCCAAGGCCGGUGAGAUUCUCAACCGCCCCGACGUCAAGAGCCGCACCGACUUUGCGUGGGCCAAGCUGAGCGAGUACUACUCGGCCGUGGCGAACCACCCGCGCAUCCACAGCCUCUACACGAGCGCCAACAAGACGGUCAAGGACGUGCACGAGGAGGCGCGCAAGAUCGCUGCCGAGAAGAAGGCCGGCGGCGCGGGCGGCGCGGCGGGCACGUCUGCGCCCGCGGCGCGCGCCGGCCACGUGAGCCAGGCGUCAAUGCCGCUGCUGCUCGUCGCCGUGCUGCUCUUCUCGAGCCUCUCGAUGGGCAGCGUCGCGGCGCACGGCGAGGAGGAGCCGGCAAGCGUGGCCGGCGAGGCGCCGCACGCCAAGGGCAAGGAGAGCUACAUCCAGCGGCACAUGGCCUCGGAGCACCACAUCGGCGCCUUUGACCUCGGCGCCUUCCACUCGCUGCACGACCUCAACCGCGACGGCGUGCUGGACCGCGCCGAGAUCGAGGCCAUCUACGGCGUGCACCACUCGACGUCCGUCAAGCACUCGCCGACGUACGAGGUGCACGACGCCAAGGCCGACCGCAUCGUCAAGGAGGUGCUGAAGCGCAUCGACGCCAACGGCGACGCGCUCAUCACCAAGGCCGAGUUUGUCAACGCCGGCGCCGACGGCCUGCCGCUGUUCGAGGAGUACGGCAAGGGCAUCCUGGGUCACCACUACGACGAGGAGUCCGAGUACUUUGUGCACCACGAGGAGGUCUUCCACAACACGCCCGAGACGCAGACCGACGAGUCGUACAACCACAAGGAGGACAUCGAGCACUUUGCGCACCACGGCAAGAUCGAGGCCGAGGAGGAGCGGCGCGAGCGCAAGGCCGAGGGCAUGCCGACGCGCGAGCAGGACGAGCGGCGCAAGGCCGACGCGCUGCUGCGCGGCGAGACGUACACGUCGCCGUACGACGCGCAGAUCCCGCAGAAGGACUCGCCCACGGCGCCGCAGAUGGCCUACGACUCGCACGCGCAGGACGGCGGCGCGGCGUACGAGGCGCGCGUCGAGACGCAGCACACCUUCCGCACGCCCGAGGGCGAGCACGUGGUGCGCACCAAGCCCGACGAGGCGUUCAAGGCGCAGGCCGCGGCGCAGGAGCACAACAGGAUCCCCGAGCGCGAAGAGGGCGAGACGGCAGAGGGAUACAAGGCGCGCCUCUCGGCGCACGCGCAGCGCCUCGCCGCGGCGGAGAACUGGGCGCUCGCCAACCCCGGCCUCGCCGCGCGGCCCAGCGGCGACAACGGCAGAGAUCCGACGACGGGCGCGCUCAAGCAGAUGAAGGGCGAGAGCGACGAGGCCUUCCUCGACCGCAAGAACAAGGAGAAAUUCCAGGCGAGCAAGCAGCGCCCCAAGUUCCAGGGCGUCACCAACGACAUGCGCAAGGCCGCGCCGUACAAGCGUCCUGACUUCCAAAACCAGGGCCGCAUGAAGUCGUACUUUGGCGAGUUCUGA